UUAUUAGAACAUAAGUUAUGACCAUUUUAGUGUCGGAAAAUUAGCCUAUUAAAAUACCCAAAAAAUUGUGACCGAAAGGAGGAGCUUAUACAUUUAAAUUGCUAUAACUUUUUAACGCUUAAAGAUAAUGUAAUAAAAUUUUCCAUAGAAAUGCGCAAUUAUGUUCUGAUAAUUAUGACAAUUUUAAAACUGGGAUAUCUAUUAACACUUUUUUGUGUUAAGCCUUUGAUGAAGGGAAAAAAAUGGUACCAGUCACAUCUGGGUGAGCCAAAUGAAGUGAUGGGCUCAUUGUUCAAGGCAGGCAGAAAAAAGGUGAAUGAAGCACAGAUAGUAAGGGCAAGACAACUGGGUCAUGUUUUGUAUGAUAAAAUUUCAGAGUUAAUUAACACAGAGGAAUUGUCUACAGAAAUAGUUUGUAAGCAGGUCCUUAUCACUUCAGUUAAGAUGCUUAACGACUUUAGUGGAAUAAAUGUCUAUUGGGACUGUAACCGGUCUGAUGCUGCUGAGGUAGAGUCUCUGCUACAUUCGUGUUCAGGAAAACUCAGAAGUCUGUUAAUUUCUUACCAUGUACUUGGACAUAUACCGCCAGUAACUUUUGUGAAAGAUAAAUCUUUUGUAGAUUUAUCUCAUUUGAAUUUGUUACUGGAAGUGGCAGACUACGGCCCUGACUAUGUUCCUUCUACUCAUCAGAAAACUAAUGAUGCUAAUCACAGCCAAAGUAGUUCAGCAGAGACGACUGCUGCUCCUCCGGUUCCUUUCAGAGAUUUACCAGACUCAAAUAAUUCCAUAAACAUAAAGGCCAACCAGGCAUUUAGUUCUUUACAAAGUGGCACUCAAAAUGAAACAGAAUGUUCCAUAUUGACAGAUCAACCAGUUGGCUUAGAUUUUAAGUUUCGUUCUGAUAUUUAUGGCUUACCAAGGGAUAAGCUUUAUCAAAAAGUGAUGGCCCAGAAAAUGAAAGGCAGAUACCAAGAGUCUGACAAUGAUAAUACUCUUGGCGCACUGCAAGAGUCCAGCUCUAAUCACUUAAAUUUUCAACAUUAUAAGUUGAAACCAAAAUUUAAAGAAUCAAAUUCAACCAAAGUCAAACAGCAACGUGUAGAAAAUGACUUUAUCGAGUUUCAUAAAGAGCAGGAAAACUGAACUUAAGACUGGAGCAUUGUGGUCUUAAAGAUACAAACUGUUUGUUAAUUUUUAAAAGCAAUAAAGGUUUUAAACUUAACUUUUUAGAGAAAAAAAAAAUCUGUUUAAAAUUAUAAUAUCAGUUUUAAAUUAAACCAAGAAAAGACCUACCUUCUGUUAUGCAAUAUCUCUGUUAAAAAUAAUGACAGUCAUUACACAUGUACGAAAUUAGCAUGUAUUUUUUUUACUUUUCCUUACGCCAUACCCUAUUAUAUUUGCAUUUCUGCUUCCUCAUAAUAUUAUAUAGACACAGUCUAAACAAAAAAAAAAAUUUGUUUUAUAACAUCAACAAGAUAGAUCUAGUCUUAUUUCUUUUAAAAAGACAAAAUUGAUAGAAACUGUGAUAUUGAUAUUUAAUUAACAGAGAAUAUAAUAGAUUUUAACAAUGAAAUCUAUAAGAUUCUAGUAGGCCUUAUACUUUCUUUUAUUUAAUGUAAUUUACUUUAAAUAGUAAUUCUUUUGCUGUUUUUUUUUAUUAGUGUACUGUGCUGGAUAUUUUGCUCUGCAGUUAAAAUUAAUAAAUAAUAAAAGUAA